CCAGUUUGUAACACUAUCAAGCGACAACUUGCAGCUGCUUGCGGCAUUCUGUUUCGCGUAAGGUGGAAGUGCCCAGUGCUGAAUUUGUUUAGUGUAUGCAUAAUUCUCAAGUGGUACAAUUUUUGUGAAUCGCUUUGCAAUUUAGUACUAAAAUUCAUUAAAAUGUUGCGUGCGCGUGCUGUGCUACUGCUUAUUUGUCUUAGUGCGGGAUUAUCCCACGGAAUGGAUUGCACGUUCGGAAGCGAUAACUUAUUGGAAAAGAUAAUGUAUAGCUGUCCAGGAUUCUUGCAGUCCUCAGACAAGGCGUACUGUUGCUUUGAUAUUGAGAACGAUAAGCCCUAUUGCUGUACCCAGAAGGAAUUUGCUUUUCAAGCAUCAUGGGUCGUUACCACAGUGAUUAUCGUAGUUGGCAUAGUGCUUGCACUAAUUGCAUUGUGCAUAUCAUGUUUGUGCUUCAUUUUCUGUCGGCGACGCAGAUGUCAGCGGGGAACAGUUUAUGGACACGUACAAGUACCCGUCGUACAAGUAACUCAUCAACAGCCAAACUAUCCGAUUCCAGUUAAUGCAACAGGAUUGGCGCAACCACAGCCACACACGAACACAAUUUAUGUGUAGCAGCUACUGUACAAUCCAAACUGUGUAUAAUCUAUAGAAUAGCAACAAUUAUUGAUGCCAUUGUUAAGAAAGUUCCAUUGUGAUUGUAUUUACCUCGAACGGUAUCUAUCAUUUCAUUCUUCACUUGUAACGUCUACUGUUGCGACUAUAAAACGUCUUCCGUUAGAAGAAAACAACAAACACCCUAAAUACGCAUAUGCGUAUUUAAUCUUUUCGACGCUGAAUACUUUUUUAUAUGCAGCGACUCACGAAAGUAUUCACACGCUUUCGAAUCAAACGUUUUGUUCUUAACCCCUUCCGCAACCAACGUCGAGCGAGGCUUAACAAAAAUGUACUAAAAUUGAAUAAUCUGAACCGCAAAGAGUUAACACAUUGGAUACGGAAAACGGAGUCGAAUUUGUUAUACUUUCUGUUCAAAUAUCAAAUCCUUUCUUUGCGGAGAAGAACGGCCAGAGAAUGUUUUACACCACAUUCUGCUAUAGGUAUCACCCUUUUAGCCAUGGUGAGGUACUUUUAAAAAUUCAAAAUAACAUUAUUGCUCAAUAUCUCUUACUUAUUCGUUGAAUUAUUCGUUAUUCGUAAAUAACGAAUAAACUUAUCAUUACAUCCAUAAAAUACAGAUGUAGAUUAAAUUCAUUUUCACCGAUAAAAUGAUACGCCACCAAAGUUCGUCAUUUCUAUAAAAAGAUUUUAGCUGAAUUUAGGUAUUUAUAUUGUUGGUUCACCUUACUGAUGUGUAAUUUCUUUGGAAAAAUUUGUUAAUGAAAUUAAUUUUUAAAAAUUGUAUCAAAUCUAUUUCAAUAUCUUUAUGUUGUCUGAAUUCUUUUGUGAAGUUUCUACAGUCAAUGUUUCGACGAAUUCCUUUGUAAAUAUUGUUUACCUCGUCAGACAUUCUUCGAUACAAACAUUUAUAAUCGUGAAAUUUCAUGUUAUAAUAAUUAUUGUUGUAAUAAAAGUAUUUUAAAAGUCAUAA